AUGCUAAGACCCGGAGGCAAGCAAUCACUUGCUGGGGUAACAGAAAACAGAGAGCACAGCGGCGACCACCCAGCACUCUGUGAGCACAUCAGCGCCCACCCCGAACUCAGUGAGCAAAGCAGUGGCCACCCCGCACUCAGUGAGCAAAGCGGCAACCACCCCGCACUCAGUGAGCCCAGUGGCGCCGACCCCGCACUCAGUGAGCCCAGUGGCGCUUACCCCGCACUCAGUAAGCACAGCGGCGACCACCCCGCACUCAGUGAGCACAGUGGCGCCUAUCCCACACUCAGUGAGCACAGCAGCACCGACCCCGCACUCAGUGAGCACAGCAGCGCCACCAUGAACUCAGUGAGCACAGCGGCGACCACCCCGCGCUCAGUGAGCAAAGCAGCAACCACCCCGCAGUCAGUGAGCACAGUGGCGCGGGCCCUGCACUCAGUGAGCACAGCAGCACCAACCCCGCACUCAGUGAGCACAGCAGCGCCACCAUGA